ACACUUUAAAGACAUUUAAAGACAGUGUAGACUAAGAUUGAUUUCGUUAACGUUUUAAACAGCCUGUGUAAAAGUCGCGUAAGGACAAAUUAGUGAGUUUGUUGUUGUGAUUUUUCCUGUCUGGAUGACAGCCAACUAAGCUGGCUAACAGAAGGAGCUAAAUCGGUCUCUCUCUCUUUAUUUACGCGUUUAUUGUGUUUUUCACUGCUCGUGAAGGAAUGAGGAACUCCAGGAUAAUCGGAGGUGUGAGUUUACUCUGACAACUGUUUACAUGAGCUGUAAUAAUGGAGAAAGACUCCCUAAUCCUGCUUCAUGAUACGAGAGGACAGUAGACUAUGGCAGGAAACGCGUUCAGCAGUUCAGUCCGUGUGGAGUAAUCAGAGAGAAAGCAAUAACAAAACCAUGGAUGACUCUAGUGUGAAUGGUUCAAAUGUGAAGGUGGCUGUUCGAGUCAGACCCUUGAACAGAAGAGAGAAGGACCUGAAGACAAAAUGUGUGGUGGAAAUGGAGGGGAAUCAGACAGUGCUGCAACCAGCCAGCAGCAACCUCGGAAAGGGAGACAGUAGGAGUCAACCAAAGGCAUUUGCAUAUGAUUACUGCUUCUGGUCUAUGGAUGAGGCAGAAACAAGCAAAUUUGCAGGUCAGGAGGUGGUGUUCCAGUGCCUUGGGGAGAAUCUCCUGGAUAACGCAUUCCAGGGCUAUAAUGCCUGUAUAUUUGCUUAUGGCCAAACUGGCUCAGGGAAGUCGUAUACUAUGAUGGGUUCGGCAGAGCAGCCUGGUCUUAUCCCACGACUGUGCAGUUCUCUGUUUGAAAGGACCAUCCGAGUGGUGAGAGAGGGAGAAAGCUUCACUGUGGAAGUGUCCUAUAUGGAGAUCUACAAUGAGAAGGUCCGAGACCUGCUGGACCCCAAAGGGAGUUCCCAAGCAUUGCGGGUUAGAGAACACAAGGUGUUGGGUCCUUAUGUUGAUGGACUGUCUCGCCUGGCUGUGACCAGCUAUAAGGACAUUGAGUCGUUGAUGUCAGAGGGGAAUAAAUCCCGUACCGUGGCGGCCACCAACAUGAAUGAGGAGAGCAGCCGCUCACAUGCUGUCUUCAACCUCAUCCUCACACACACUCUCCGAGACCUACAGUCUGGGACAAGUGGGGAGAAGGUGAGUAAGCUGAGCUUGGUGGACUUGGCAGGCAGUGAAAGGGCGGCUAAAACUGGAGCGGCUGGGGAGCGUCUCAAAGAGGGCAGCAACAUCAACAAGUCUCUUACUACCCUAGGUCUGGUGAUUUCAGCCCUGGCUGAUCAGGGAGCAGGAAAGAACAAGAAUAAAUUUGUGCCUUACAGAGACUCUGUACUCACAUGGCUGCUAAAGGACAGUCUGGGUGGUAACAGUCGCACAGCCAUGGUGGCCACGAUCAGUCCAGCCGCUGAUAACUAUGAUGAGACUCUGUCCACUCUGCGCUACGCUGAUCGAGCAAAGAGCAUCGUAAACCAUGCGGUGGUAAACGAGGACCCGAACGCCAGGAUCAUCCGGGAGCUGAGGGAGGAGGUGGAGAAACUGCGGGAGCAGCUCACUGAAGCUGAGUCUAUGAAGGCUCCAGAGCUGAAGGAGAGGCUGGAGGAGUCUGAGAAACUAAUUAAGGAAAUGACCGUCUCAUGGGAGGAGAAACUCAGGAAGACUGAGGAAAUUGCACAGGAGAGACAGAAGCAGCUGGAGAGUUUGGGCAUUUCUCUCCAAUCAUCUGGUAUCAGGAUGGUAGAGGAUAAAUGCUUCCUGGUGAAUCUAAACGCAGACCCUGCCCUCAACGAGCUGCUGGUCUAUUACUUAAAGGAUCAUAUGUUAGUGGGCUCAUCAGAUUCUCAAGACAUCCAGCUGUGUGGUUUGGCCAUUCAGCCCCAGCACUGCCUUAUUGACAUCACUCCAGAUUCAAAAGUGAUGCUCACACCAAAGAGAAAUGCUCGUACCUGUGUGAAUGGCACCCCUAUUUAUGCACCGGUCCAGCUUCACCAUGGCGAUCGCAUCCUCUGGGGCAACAAUCACUUCUUCAGGAUUAACCUGCCGAAGUCACGGCCUCGUGUUGCAGCUGAGGCAGAGGAGGGUGGGGGGAUGAAGGCUGCUCCCAGCAUGGAGCAGCUGGAUGUGGAUCUGGACAGAGUGAGUCAGGGCUCCAGUGAGAUCAGCUUUAACUACGAGUAUGCCCAGACCGAAGUCAUGAUGAAGGCACUGGGCAGUGAUGACCAGAUGCAGUGUGUGCUGCAGUCUCUGGAGAGGAGACAUGAAGAAGAGAAGCGUUCUGCUCUGGAGCGUCAACGGCUCCAAUACGAGGAGGAGCUUCAGCGUAUGCGGCAAAGCUUGGGCCCAGAGAGAUCACUGCAACGGAGAAGCAGUGGGACCCCAGCUGUGACCACAACACACACCUCUGAAAGCCACCUCCGCCAAGCCAGCAAUGACAGAGAGGCGGUGUUGACGCGUAGUUUGAGAAAGCUCAGGGAGCAGAUUGUCAAAGCGAACCAGCUGGCAUGUGAGGCCAGCUUAAUCGCAGAGGAGCUCAACAAAAAGACUGAAUACAGUGUCACCCUGCAGAUUCCUGCAGCCAACCUCGACGCCAACCGCAAGAGAGACACUGUGUUGGGAGAGCCUGCAAUUCAGGUGAGGCGAAAAGGGAAAGGAAAGCAGAUCUGGGCGAUGGAGAAGAUGGAGAACAGACUGGUCGACAUGAAGGAGCUCUACCAGGAGUGGAAGGACUACGACGAGGACGAUCCUGUCAUGCGCUCCUACUUUAAGAGAGCUGACCCAUUCUUUGAUGAGCAGGAGAACCACAGUCUGAUUGGAGUAGCGAACGUCUUCCUGGCCUGCCUUUUCUACGAUGUAAAGCUACAGUACGCAGUGCCCAUCAUCAACCAGAAGGGGGAGGUGGCAGGGCGUCUGCAUGUGGAGGCAGAAAGGGUGAGUGGGAAGCUGAAGGCAGAAGGUGGAAGAGAGGAGAUUGACCACAGCCUUGAGGGAGAAACACAUGAACACAGACUGAUCUGCAAGAUAAAGGUGUCUCAUGCCACCGGGCUUCCCCAGCACCUCUCCAACUUUGUAUUCUGUCAGUAUCACUUUUGGGGUCAAGAGGAGCUGGUGUUUAUCGCCCCGAAAAUGGACCUCUCUGCCCCCUCCACUCCUAGCAGCACAGACCCCCAGUGUUUGGUUGUGUUUAACAACAGUAAGGAGAUGGAGGUUUCAGUAACUGAGGAUUUAAUGGAUUUCCUGGCCGAGGGCGCUGUGGCGAUCGAGGUUUAUGGCCACAUACUGGCCAACCCACGCCGAAACCUGGCUCUGUGGGAUCUAGGAGUAAUCCAGGCCAAAACCUGCUCUCUAAGAGAGAGGUGGAGUGAGGUGAUGAGGAGGCUGGAGCUGUGGGUUCAGGUUCUGGAGCUGAAUGAGGGUGGAGAGUUUGUACCUGUGGAGGUUCUUCCUGCUAAAGAUGUCCGUACAGGUGGGGUUUUCCAACUCAGACAGGGUCAGUCUCGGCGUAUCCAGGUGGAGGUGCGCUCUGUGCAGGACUCGGGUACCAUGCCCCUCAUGGUGGAUUGUGUAGUCAGUGUGAGUGUGGGCAGCGUGGAGGUCCGUCCAGCACCAAGAGUGAGAGAUGAAGAAAUGGACAGCUAUCAGGAGAAAGAUCUGGAGCGGUUGAGAGCUCAGUGGUUGGUGGCCCUCACAAAGAGACAGGAGUACCUGGACCAGCAUCUGCAGAAACUCGUCUCCAAACCAGAUAAGUCAGAGGAUGAUGUAGAGAGGGAGUCUCAGUUGUUGGAGUGUCGUUUGACGCUGACGGAGGAGAGGAACGCUGUGCUGGUGCCGUCUGCUGGCAGUGGUAUCCCUGGUGCUCCUGCUCAGUGGGUUCCUGUGCCGGGAAUGGAAACACACAUUCCUGUCAUCUUCCUGGGUCUCAGUGCUGAUGAUUUUUAUGAUGUUGGUUCGGUUCCGCUGGCUGGUUUGGACGCAGUUCUGAAUGAAGAGGAUGAUGAUGAUUUCUUUGAUCUACAGAUUGUAAAGCACCAUGACCGAGCGGUGAGGGCUGAGGCCUCAUGGGACUGCACUGUUCACGAGUGUCCUGAGCUGAGUCGUGGUGGGGGUCCAGAGCAGCGUGUGUAUCUGACCGUGCGGGUGGUCAUGCUCCUCAGUCAUCCAGCUCAGAUGAAGCUUGUCCUGCGCAAACGCAUCUGCGUCAACCUUACCGCACGUCAGGGAUUUGCUAAAAGCCUGCUGAAGCGGAUGUCUCAGAGGAGCACCAUUCCCGGCUGUGGGGUUACCUUUGAAAUCGUCUCCAAUAUACCAGGGGACAUGCAGGGUCCAGAGGACAGGGAGAUGUUGGCCAGGUUGGCAGCCAGUGCAGAAAGACCAGCAGAAGACAGUGAGGCAGCUCUAGAGAAAUAUCUGCAGAGUGUUCUGGCUGUGGAGAAUAUCCUCACUCUGGACCGACUCAGACAGGAGGUUGCAGUGAAAGAGCAGCUCGAUAAUAAAGGGAAGAAAAGUAGACGCUGUUUGAGUUCCCCCAGUAUAAACAGGCUGUCUGGCAGCAGGCAAGAUCUAUCCCUCAACCAUGAGCCUUCAGUCAGUAAAGGAGUUUGGGAUAAACACCACAAUAUGCCUAUGACACAUCCAUCUGUAAAAGGCACAUCACAUUCUGAACUGUCCCAAAGCCACAACCCAGAUCCAGGACUUUCAGGAUUGGCUGCUUCUUAUUUCUCUCCAGUUAAGGCCCUGGUGACGCCAAUGCCCAAAAUGCUCAAGUCCCUUUUCCCUAAAAGAGAUGACAAGAAAGACCUGAACAUUCCUCCACUUUCAAUGCAGCAGGUGAUGUUGACUGAGGAGGAGGAUCCUGAGAGGGACAGAGUAGUUGUGUUUGACCUGUUUGGGGGAGGUUCAAAUGUUCCCCGCAUUAUAAUCCAGUCCGCAAGUCUUGACGAAAACCUCACUUCACCUAAACUGGAUCCUGAGAAAAAAUCCACUCCACAACAAUUCACAGUAGAGAACAUGGAGAGCGCAGUAUUUUCUCCUUCAUCCUCCUCUUUGCCUGAGGCAGGAAACUCGACAACUACUGAAGCAGCAUCAGACACUUACGAAAAAAACACACCUGAUGUUCAGAUCCCGGUUACAGAAAGCCAAACAGAAGACCUGUCUCAGUUAGUAGAGGCUCCUGCUCAGGUUCAGUCUGAGACAGAAGACUCUACUCACAGCCCAGUUAGCAGUACAUCCAGCGGCUACAUGUCCACCAGCAUCUCUACAGCAACACUCUCAGAAACUCUCGUCUCAAACACAGACCUACAGUUCGAGUCCAGUGUAAAGGAAACUUCUGAAUCCUCACACACUCCGGAGUUACUAGAAGGCAGGGAUCCUUCUGUAGAUGUUAUCGUCACUGGAGAGCGAGGUGAAGAGGAUUCUAGCUUUAGUGAUAAAGAGGGACACUCUGAAAAAGCCACGAUGGCUGAACAGUCAGUUAAGGGGGAUAAUGGCCCAAUGCUUCUUGAAAACACUACGACUGUGGAUACUACUUUUGCCGUGUCUGAGGAAAAAAUCACUAAUUUACUAUCUUUAGAAAGAUCUAAUCUAGGACCUGCUGCAGAAGAAGCACUUCUGGCUGGAUCAUCACCUGUAACACAAUCUUCUAACCUAUCUUCUGAGACUGGAUCGCCAACUGUAACCCAACCAUCCAGCCAACCGGCUGCUGAUAUAGAAGAAGCACUCCUGCCUGGAUCAUCACCUGUAACACAAUCAUCUAACCUACCUUCUGAGGCUGAAUCGCCCACUGUAACCCAACCAUCCAGCCACCCUGCUGCUGAUAAAGAAGAAGCACUCCUGACUGCAUCACCAGACUCAGCUCCUCAUCCUGAAGACCAAACCUCCAAACCCUUACCCCAAAUAAACACUGCCAGCCCUCUACCUGCUGUAAACCACUCACCAGCACCAUCAAUAAAGCAACAACAGCCACUUCAACCACUAGCACCAGGUCUUGAGACCCAGAAGCCCCUGAGCUCCACUUCAAACCCCUUCAAAAUCCAAAAAGUAAAGACUUCUGGCUUGAAGUCUUUCAAAGGGAUCAUUCAUGAGGUAGAAGAAGAUGAGGUUAAAGAAGCCAUCGAUCCGCUGUCAGGCUUGAGCGAUCCUUUGGAAAAGCUGGAGAUCCUGUCAGAUACAGAGGAAGUCCACGAGGAAGGUCCCAUUCCAGACUGGCUGAAGGAGGAUGAAUAUGUGACUGUGGGCAGCAACAAGAACGGCACAGUGCGCUACGUUGGACCCACUGACUUCGCAGAGGGCAUCUGGAUUGGUGUGGAACUUGAUGUCCCAGCAGGUAAAAACGACGGCUCAGUGGGCGGCCGGCAUUAUUUCCACUGUAACCCGGGCUAUGGUGUUCUGGUGAGGCCAGACCGAGUGUCUCAAGCUUCAGGCACGACGAAACGACGGCGUCAGAAACGCAAACAGAACCUCUCGGGCUCCAGCCCCAACCUAGCAGCUCUGACUGCACUCGCUAAAGGAGAGGGAUCUGGAGGAACACGCAAAGGAGAGAACAGGAAAUCCUGGAACAGCUGAAAGUAGAGAUUCCUGCUCUGUUUUUUUCACCACUACUUCUGGAUGCUUACAUGCUUCAUGGAUAAUUAGCAUUAGCCUUAUUCAGAAUCACUACAUUGCUGUUUUAAUGCUACGAAAGACUUUUAAAAACAAAUAUAUAAAAGCAGCAUAGUGUUAACUUUGUAGGACACCAUGCUGCCUUGUGCUCCGGCUCUUUCCUGAUGAUGAAUGUUUUGGUGAAAUACUUCAUCCUGCUGCACUGAUCAGUAUUUUUUAUUUUUUUAUUGUUUUACUACAGAACAUGUGCCUUAAAGUGUGUCUGUCUGCAUCAUCUAUACUUGAUAUCUGUAUUAGCUUCCUAGGACAUCUCAGGGAAGGAUGAUGAUCUUUAUGAUUACUAUUAUUAUUAAUAUUGAUAACAGGGACUUGUAGAAUACGUUUUACUUUUUCAUGAAAACCAUGAGUUAAGACUAGAACUAAACACUAAUGGAAGCAGCCUAUGCCUUAAGGCUUAGGCUAAAUCUGCAUGUAAUAAUCAGGCCAACAUUGUUAGGUGAAUAUAAAACAUGCAGUAAGAGUGCUUGCUAAAAACAAAAAUACAAUGGUGGUGGGUUUAGCCUCAUUUUGAAUGUGUGUGUUGGUUUUGGGUGUAAUAGUUUUUUUUAUAUGUGAAUGAGUUUAUAGAGUGGUUUUAAAAAAUGAUAAUAUUUAUAUAAGAUAUCUGAGUGUGUGAGAUUGUGUGAGGGUAUGAAUCCUACAGCAUUAAGAUGAACAUUAUGACCACCUCCUUGUUUCUACACUCAUUAUCCAUUUUGUCAUCUCUGCUGAGCAUCUAGGAAUACUUCAUCAUUUCAGAGUGUAGUCCUUCUGUUUCUCCUUUUCUUUAUAAUCAUUUGUUCACCCUCUUUCGGGACCAGGACCCCACAGGACCAGCACAGAGCAGCUAUUAUUAGUUGGGUGGUGAUCGUUCUAAAUUCUGCAGUGUAGAGCUUAGAUUCUCUGCCCAAAGCGCCCCGACAAGAACUUGGGCCAAGAUUUCCCACCACUUUCCUUGUGCCGGGUCAGGUUGGGCUAAAAAAACAACGGUCUGAGACGUAGGCGUCUGUUUUUAAUGCUAUUUUUAUUUUAUAUAAAACUAUGGCAUCACAAUACAUAAAGUAACAAAUAAAACUCUUUAAAAAAAAAGUUGCACAAGUCCCCCGCUUGUCCACAUUACGAACAUACCUUGCAGGGUUGUGUGUAGCUGAUCCUAAAAAAUAUACUUUUCUUAAAUGAUAGGUAAUCUAUGCUUCUUCAGUGUUGCAAUGUUAAUUAACGUUCUGAAUGGAUUUCACUCAUUCAAACAGCCCAAAAAUGUUUUUAAAAAGCUCAGCCUUAAUGCUCUACUUACAAAAAAAUGUCAGGUUUACAUCAGGCUCGGGCUCAUAAUGAAAGCUUAUGGGGCGGAGCAGGUCAGGCCAGGCUGGAUUUUUUGGGCCCUACAAGCUCUACAGCAGUGAUAGUGGCAUGGUGGUGGUGUGUUAGUGUAUGUAAGAGGCAUGAGAGGGUCACAUACAGCAAUGCUGCUGGAGUUUAUAAUCACCUCAGUUUCAAUUCUGAACUGGGACUAGAGCUCACCAACCAGCUCACUACUACACCAUCCAUUGCUGUGUCAGAUCCACUCAUACCAGAACAACAGGACUACAGUCUGUAAUUACAGAACUACAAAGUGCUUCUAUAUGAUCAGUGGAGCAGAAAAAAAAGAAUAAUAGGCAUAGAGACAUUGUUAUGCUUGAUCUGUGCAGACAAAUAUGUUGCACUUUCAAACUUUCCCUAUAAAAGAAUUAACAAUUAAAGCUUUGCUUUUGUACCUGAAACUUGUAUUAAAGCGGAUUCCAUUAAUCUGGGAAACCUAAGAAAAGUUCUUUCCCAUGCCGUCACUAAACACUCCACUGUAUUUGAUUAUUAUUUUUUAUUUAUUUUGCUUAAUUAAAAGCAAACUCUCUCA